CCUGGUUCUGCGUCAUGCCGCCGCCGGCCGGCGAGUUCACUGCGCUGGAGAGGCUGUCCCUCAAAGCCUGCAUCCUGAACCUUGGCACCUUUACGCCACAGUCAGCUGGCGAGUUCCCCGCGCUCAAGACGCUGGCCCUUGACGGCGACAUUGUUGACCUUGGCACCUUCCUGAACCGCUGCCCACGAUUGCACAACAUCAGUAUCACCUUCCGUAGUGUCGCGUCUGGCUCACACGAAGCGGCGCUAGCCACACUCGAAGCUGUGGCGGCACACGGUGGUGUCUCAGUGUCCGUACUCGGCAUCCACCUCGGUAGUGCACAUGGUACCGAUGCCACCCUUCUCCGCGCCGCAGCGAGGCUCUCCCGGCAAGAGCUCGUCUUCACUCACCUAAUUGACACACUAUAUGACCAGAAGUAUAGGAAUGUCAACCUGCCCUGUUUUCCCCAUGCCGUCUCGAUCAAGAUUAAACUGUAUCAAAUCUGCUUCACACGGCUUCUUGGUGGCAAGUUCUCCAAGCUCGACAGUAUGAUCCUUAAAGGAUGCAUCAUCCACGACCUUAGCACCUUGGUUUCCCUCUGCCCAUGCCUUCGUGUGCUGAAGGUGAAGGCAGGUAUGUCCAAAUGUGAGAUCACGAUCCACUCAACAUCGCUGCAGGAGAUUGUCCUGUAUUACUAUACGGAAUGCCGUGGCGUUGACAUUGUGACUCCCAUGCUUAAGCAAUUGACAAUGGAUUUUGAGGCUGACAAAGACAUCAAUGUGUUCAUAUCGGCACCAAUGCUGGAGAGUGUCUCGUUGGAACGCUCUUAUAUAGGUUUGCCCAUUGUGUUUGAUUUUUGGCACCUUCACUCUCUGAGCUUAGAUAGACAGGGGUUGGUCAGAAACAACCAUGUCCUCUAUGUUUCCAUGUAUGCCUUGAAUUCCUCGAGUGUAGAACUGGACUUUGCCCAAGAAAUAGAGAAAAUUCUGAUUACCGACUUCUCUGUAUUGGACCUAAGCCUCGAGGCAAAGGGGCACGUGUAUGGGGCAACUUUGUUGCGUCUCUUUAGCGUGCCCCGGGUUCAUACUGGUUUGAAAUUGCUGAAGGUCAUCCUACUGAGAUUGAGGAAGUCCGAGGUGGUACAAUCAUGCCCAGGGAAUUGUCCAUGUGAUUCUCCCAAAAAUUGGAGAAGCCAAAGUAUCUCCAUGGUUCAUCUAGAAGAAGUGGAAAUCAAAGGCCUAAAAGGAGAAGAUCAUGACUUUGAUGUCUUGAAAUUGAUUCUUAGAUGUGCACCGUCUCUUAAAAGGAUGACCGUGGAACUGGAAACUGGGAUUAAAUCACAUGGCCACGGAGAUUGCACCAAGGAAAUCAACAGCAUCUCACUGGAGUAUCUUUCCGUGGAUUUUCAUGUUUAUCUCCAAGGAAAUCAACAGCAUGCGUUUUCAUCACGCUCCUAGGGACUAAAUCAUAUGAUGUGACUCUGGAGGCUGCACCUGCUCUAAGAAUGUCUACACCAUCUCCUUGGGGUAUCCUUCCAUGAAUUUCCAUGCUCGGUUCUCUGGUGAACUUGGUGCUGCAUGCAUGUCCAUCAGCGAUUCCUGGUAUUCAUUUGAAGAACCUAAACUCUUGCUAAAUCUCUUUGAACCUGUUGCC